CGGGUCCUUCACCGGGAAGCCUUUGUCUCAGCCUCCGAUCCCAGCAAGUAUUCAGUUUUGCAUAAAGGCGGAGGACAAACGUUGCUGAACAGGGAUUGUGAUAUACUGGACAAAAUGCCUAGAUUUAGGAUUGUGACUUGGGUAGAAACGGAUGAGAUGUAAGGGGAAACCACAAAGUCGUGCAGAAUCAUGGCAGGAGGCAUGGCUCAGUGGCAUUACAAGUGAUGAGAGUUUACACUCAUCCUUCUUCAUUUUCUGGGAUCCUGCAUUUUACAGCCGCUGUCCUGGGAGCCAUGGCAGUACCUUUUGUGGAAGACUGGGACUUGGUGCAAACUUUGGGAGAAGGUGCUUAUGGAGAAGUUCAACUUGCUGUGAAUAGAAUAACCGAAGAAGCUGUUGCAGUGAAAAUUGUAGACAUGAAGCGGGCCAUAGACUGCCCAGAGAAUAUUAAGAAAGAAAUCUGCAUCAAUAAAAUGUUAAAUCAUGAGAAUGUAGUGAAAUUCUAUGGCCACAGGAGAGAAGGCAAUAUCCAAUAUCUAUUUCUGGAAUACUGUAGUGGAGGAGAGCUUUUUGAUAGAAUAGAGCCAGACAUAGGCAUGCCUGAACAAGAUGCUCAGAGGUUCUUCCAUCAGCUCAUGGCAGGAGUGGUCUAUCUGCAUGGAAUUGGAAUAACUCACAGGGAUAUUAAACCAGAAAACCUCCUCUUAGAUGAAAGGGAUAACCUCAAAAUCUCUGACUUUGGCUUAGCAACAGUGUUUCGGCAUAAUAAUCGCGAACGCUUACUGAACAAGAUGUGUGGCACUUUACCUUAUGUUGCUCCCGAACUUCUAAAGAGAAAAGAAUUUCAUGCAGAGCCAGUUGAUGUUUGGUCCUGUGGAAUAGUACUUACUGCAAUGUUGGCUGGAGAGUUGCCGUGGGACCAGCCCAGUGACAGCUGUCAGGAAUAUUCUGAUUGGAAAGAAAAAAAAACCUAUCUCAAUCCUUGGAAAAAAAUUGAUUCUGCUCCACUGGCUUUGCUUCAUAAAAUUCUAGUUGAGAAUCCAUCAGCAAGGAUUACCAUCCCAGACAUUAAGAAAGACAGAUGGUACAACAAGCCACUUAACAGAGGAGCAAAGAGGCCCCGAGCCACUUCAGGUGGUAUGUCAGAGUCAUUCUCUAAGCACAUUCAUUCCAAUUUGGACUUUUCUCCAGUAAAUAGUGCUUCCAGUGAAGAAAACGUGAAAUACUCUAGUUCGCAGCCAGAGCCACCAACAGGGCUUUCCUUGUGGGACACCAGUUCCUCCUAUGUUGACAAACUGGUACAAGGCAUCAGCUUUUCCCAGCCCACGUGUCCUGAUCAUAUGCUUGUAAACAGUCAGUUACUUGGUACCCCUGGCUCCUCACAGAACCCCUGGCAGCGCUUGGUCAAAAGAAUGACACGCUUCUUCACCAAACUGGAUGCAGAUAAAUCCUACCAGUGCCUGAAAGAGACUUUUGAGAAGUUGGGCUAUCAGUGGAAGAAGAGUUGUAUGAAUCAGGUUACUGUAUCAACAACUGAUAGAAGAAACAAUAAGUUGAUUUUCAAAAUAAAUUUGGUAGAAAUGGAUGAGAAGAUACUGGUUGACUUCCGACUUUCAAAGGGUGAUGGAUUAGAGUUCAAGAGACACUUCCUGAAGAUUAAAGGGAAGCUCAGUGACAUUGUGAGCAGCCAGAAGGUUUGGUUUCCUGCUACAUGAUGAAGCUCUCAGCCCUGGGCAUUCCUGGUGAAUAUAGUGCUGCUAUGUUGACAUUGUUCUUCCUAGAGAAGAUUAUCCUAUUCUGCAAACUGCAAACAAUAGAAUUUGAAGAGUUCUCUUCCUAUUACCCAACAUCUUCCAAUUCUUAGUAUGUUUUGCAUACAAAUAAUACUGUAUUUUAAUUGUAUGUAAUACUUUGGGGAAAAGAUGGAUCAAGUUCAUUAGGUAUUUCUCCAUCUGUGUUUAAGUUGUGUGAAUUUGAAGCCUAUCUGGUAGAAACCAAGUUUUGGGAUACAUGAGUUUCACUUCUGAAAAAAAAAUUAGAACAUUUUGUUUCAUUCUAAGAAAACAUUUUCUCUGCUAUUAAAUUGUAAGUAUGAAUAAACAAAGACCAUGUAUAGUUGGUUGGUCCAUGAAGUGAGGCCUGCUACAAAAAUUGUAUCCCAAGAUAUGUUCUAUAUUUUCAGUUUGGGUGUAUGUGCCGCACAAGGUCUUGGCCUAUUCCAGUUAUUUAAAACUGUUUUGAAUUAUAAUGAUUAAAAUUACAAGCUUUUUAUCCCCCCCCCCCCCCCCGUAUAGCUAGUCUAGUAUAAAGUACUGGUUGGUCUUUCAAGCAGUUGAACAUAAGCUCUAGUGUUUAUCUUACUUUAAAAAUUACACACUUUUUUUAUAGACAGCCACAUUUUUACUAUACUCUAGAAAUAAGUUCUAUUUUCAAAAUUACUAUCUAAAUUAGUAAACUUAUUGGCCAUCGGGCUUCCAGAUGACACUGGCUGAAAAGGGGAUGGCGAGUAAGGGAACACAAGAAUAGGCCUGAUUCUUGUUCCUCGCCUUUUAGAUUCCUAAAACUUUGUUUUCUUCAUAAAAUGUGCAUUAAAAUAUGAAUUAUAUGAUUGGGGUCCUGUAUUCAUUUUUGUAGAUAAAUUACAAUCUUAAUUAGUCUGAAGCUAAGAACACUUAAAAUUUUAUGGCUAAAGUUUAUUACAUAUUGGUAUAUGCUGGCAUGCUUCGAUGUAAAUCUGAGCCUAAUUUAUUCAGCCUGCUGCUUUCCACUUUAAAAUAGGUCAUCUUUUUAAGACUGUCAUUUGUUCCUUGGUAGUUUAAUAGAAAAGCUGUCAGAAUUAUCCUCCUAAAGUGUAACUCAGAUCCCGGUCCCACUCCCAACCGUUCAACUUUUCAUCAUGCUUAAGAUUCCAAGUUUGCUCUGAGCCAUACAGUUCUUUGUGAUUGUUUUCUUCCCUGAUGGGAUGUAGUACUGACUCCAGAGCCUGUAUCCAUCAAAUCAUGACUCUUUGCUCCCUGCUGGCCCUUUGUACCCACCAUUUUGCUUUUUGUCCCCAUUAAUUUGAAUUGUUCCAUAUUUCACAUAGAAUUGUUUAUUUUUAUGCUUUAUCUAUGUUAUGACAUAAAUCAGGUUUUAUUCCUUUCUAUGACUAAUAUUCCACUGUGCACGUGUGUUCAUAUGUGUGUGAGUGUGUGCACACGUCGUAGCUCUUUCAUAUCAUGUAUGUUUGGAUUGUUGCCACCUUUUACCCACUGUAAAUGACACUGGUGUGAACAUGAAUAUAUAAAUAUCUGCUCAAGUCUGUUUUUAAUUCUUUUGUGUGUAUCGAGAGGUAGAAUUACUAGGUCAUGUGAUAAUUGUGUUUCCAUUAUUUUCAGG